UGCCGGGGAUGGACACAUAAGAUAACAUGCCGGGGAUGGACACAUAGGAUAACAUGCCGGGGAUGGACACAUAGGAUAACAUGCCGGGGAUGGACACAUAGGAUAACAUGCUGGGGAUGGACACAUAGGAUAACACGCCGGGGAUGGACACAUAGGACAACAUGCCGGGGAUGGACACAUAGGAUAACAUGCCGGAGAUGGACACGUAGGAUAACAUGCCGGGGAUGGACACAUAGGAUAACAUGCCAGGAUGGACACAUAGGAUAACAUGCCGGGGAUGGACACAUGGGAUAACAU